AUGCCCUCCAUCACAAGAAUCCCAGAUGUAGACGGUCAUAAACCUUCACUGUUGGACCUAUUGCUGACCUCUGGACAGCUACCAGGUGAUUACGAUCCGAUCGAUCCACCUUUAGGAUCAUUGGAUCAUUGCCUAGUUCGGAGCACUGUGCAAACUACGCGCCUUAAUCGGACUGGCUUCGUGGGCUGUCGCCGCGUUGACACUAUGGGUCAGCAGAUUGGAUAUAGCCAUGAGGCCGAUAUGUUUUUCGCCGGAUGA